AUGAGUAAAUAUCAAAGCCACAGCGAGGCCAUCAUGGAGAUGCAAGAUAAAUUAAAUCUCUUGGAUGGAGACCGAGAGAGGAAAGCAACUCUCGAGACCAAACAAAAGGCUCUCCAAAAAAACAACGACACCCUGGAAAUGGUAAAGAAAGAGAAUAAGGAAUUGAAAGAGUCUUUGAAAAAGUUGCAAAAAGAAGUAGGAGGAAGCAACGGUGAGAAAACGUUUCAACAAAAGGAGUUUGAUCGCCUUGAAACAAUACUUCAUUUGAAAAGACAAGAAUUUGACGAGUUGCAAGCAAUCGCUCAAAAUCUGCAAAAAACAAUUCGAAAAAAGGAAGACAUUCUCAAUGAUUUUAAUAAGGAGAAGGCACCUAUUCUCACCGAUGACUCACCGUUAACGAGACAGAUCAGAAUUUUGGAAAACCGAUUAGACAAAGCCAUGAUCAAAUUUAAUGAGGCCCAGAGUAUCAAAAAAACUUAUGAACAAAUUUUGGAAAGGCUCAAGGAAGAAAGGAUUGGAUUUGAUAAUCAACUACAAGCAAUUGAAAGAACCCUUCGAUCAAAAGAUAAAGACUAUGUAGAGCUCUUAAAUAUGUCACGAGACGCAAACUAUCUAAGAGAGUUAGCAAAGAAUGAGCUGGGACAGGCGAAGACAGAGUUUGAAGAAUCCGUUAAAGAGCUCAGAAAAGAGUUGGAUGAAAAAAAGAAGUACGUGGAAGCCAGAGUUAAUUUAACUACAGACCUGGCUAAAAAAGAGGCAACUAGAAGAAGAAAUCAAGAUGAAGAAGGCACAAGAAAGAAUAGAUCGUCCAGCUCUUCUUCCCAACAAAUGCUUGGCCUAACGAAAUCUGGACCUGUUGAUGAGGAAAGGGACAGAUUGCAAAUUCUUGAGGAAAAAUGGAGAAAGUUAAAGGAAGUCACUGGUGUGGACGAUGUCAACGAAGUUAUUCAAAAGUUUUUGUCAUCAUCAGACACCCAUAAGAACCUCGAGCAGAUGACGAAGGACUCUCAAAAAAGAAUUGAACAUCUCACAGAAAAGAGAGCUAACCUCAAGGUAAAAUUGGAAGAUCUAAAGUAUUCCCAAUCUUCCGGGUUGGGAAGUAAGCGAAUAGUGGACGAGUUUAUUCAACAAUUGUCAGAAUCUCAGUCUAGAAACGAACGACAAAAGCAACAGUUUGAACGAAUUGCAAAAAUUUUGGUAAACGUAAAAGCAGGAGCUGAGCAUUUGAAUGACAAGAUGGCUCCUGCUCUCGCUGAUCUCACUCCUGAUGAAACGCUUCGAAAGAAGUUUAUUGAAGAAAUUGCAAGAGGAGAGGACAUGACCGUCUCGGAUGAUUAUAACGAUACUGUCAGUAUGUCGACAGUUUCGCUAGGUACCCAAAGCAAUGAGGAGAGACAUAUUGUAAACCUUCUUGCUCAAUGCUAUGUGAAUGUUUCCUCCAUUCUUGACAGUCUUCCAUCAGAAGAAGAAAUGUUCCAAAAUACUCUUCGAAAUUCAGAUUCAAUUGAUUUCAAUCAGAGCAAGAACAAUAUUAGAAUCAAGAUACACGAGGAUGAAGGACAGGACUCCGAAUCUGAAGACGAAGAUGACGAUAAGGAGGCUGAGCUCAUUAGUAGGAUGAAUGUAAAGAAGAAGGCUGAGAAAAUUCUAAAAACUAAGGUUGUAAAGAAGUAG